GAUCAGGAGAAGUAGCAGUGAUGGAAAAGGCGCCGGCUGCGUCCGGAAGAAAGAGAAAGGUUGUCUUAGGAAAAUUGGAGCUCUCGACAUCCUCAGUUCAGCUCAAAACGCGGCGUUUAGCAUUCAGCUUCUCCGGAGAGUUCGGGAAAUUCGUCGACGUGCGAGAGCGUUAGUUCUGGUCAUGUUUUGGCAUCCUGUUGUUCAAGUAGCAGAUCGAGUGAGCUGGCUAAGGAGAGUUCGAAAUUCGCAGAUCUGGAGCAGGAGAAUGAGGCGACUGUCGAGUUUUUCGCAGCAUCGGCUGGCCAUUCGGUGGAUUUCAGAGUCAGCUAAGAAAAUUUCACGCGCACUCUUUUUCUCUCCCCCUCACUUCCAUGCCAUGAAUGCUGGUACUGCUUGUCCUUUUCCACGAAGAGUAGUUAAGACGUCAUAUUUUUUCAGGGGAGAGAAUACGCCAUUGAGAGAGGUUCAAACUGAGUCUGGCGAACUGGAGUCCACGGCGAGGCCACGGCAGUCGAAUUCUCGCCGUUGUUCCACGGCGGAGAAAAUGCCAACCACAGCUGAACUUGAAGAAUUCUUCGUCGCCGCUGAAAAGAAUCUGCAGGAACAAUUUAUUGACAAGUACAACUAUGACAUAGUGAAGGACGAGCCAUUGGAGGGGCGCUACGAGUGGGUUCAAAUUCAACUGAAGCCAUGAUGCAGAAGAAACGUUCACUCUUUAGGAAGACCUAGCUAGCUGCCUGAUUAUUUUCUCCUGGAAGCUGAUCAGUCAAGUGAAUAACUAGGUAUUAGCACUUAGUCUCGAUCGUUCCACUAAUUUAAAGCUCAAGCUCUAGCGAUUGAACUUCUAGGUAAAAUUUCUGGUUUUAGAUGAGAUGUAUAGCUCGCUGUCGUUCUCUAUUUCCCUCUUCCAAGUUUCUGCAUAUAUAUUCUGCAAGUAGCAGUGUGACUGUAGCGAAGAAGAAAAUUUGAAGAAGCUUUUCCUCAAUAGCAUGGUAGAUUAUUAUUUCGUUCCGACAGAAAUAGCUUCUUUCUGGACUGGGGUGGAAAUCAAAGAAGAAGAAUUGGCGAAUAAGCUUUUUCUCAGUAGUGUCGUGAAUUACUUAUCCAAUUCUGUAAGAAAAAGCUUUUUUCUGCAAUGGGAUGGAAAAUCAAUCCCUUUCCGGGGGGAAGAUUGAAAACCAAGCGCAUUCAGUAGAGCUCUAUGUUUUAGUUUUUAAUUUUCUUGGGUUUCUUUUCUUUUUCCUCAUUUCUGCACUGCAGUCCUCAGUACUCUGAUGCUUGUACUAUGCCAAUCAUAGUUUUCCCCUGUAACUGUAGUUCCAGCUAUCCAAAAUUUCCACUUUCCCCUAA